AUUCUAAGUCUUCCUUGUAACUUCUCAACAUCUUCCUCUUCCUUCAUUUCAGCCUUUGGAAUCUUUCUACUUUUGCUACAGUUAACAGUAUAAAACACUGAUAAUGGCACCAACAUAAAUGGAAUAUUAAUAUAUACUCCGUAUAACUUUCCUUAAGCUUUGGUUAAGCAGAAUAUAUCUAUGCGUCUCUGUUUUUUUAUUCUAUAUUUAUCCUAUGAUUGUACGAAAUAAAUUCUUUUUUUAAGAAAGCUAUCUGCGAUUUCACUGGAGCUUUAAUUUGCUACGUUGCUUAAAGCACAGCCUUAAAAAAAUUUCUUAGCAAGUAUUAUAAUAUAAAGUAAUUAAAAGCUCAUAAUCCAAGAAGAAGAGAGACAUUGGUAAUUAAAGUCUUGAAUUUUCCUUCUAUUUGUUCUUGAAUUAUGAUGUUGAUGAUGAUAUAUUAUUUUAAUUUGAUGACUACUAUAUUACAUAGUAUUAUAUACAGUAGUAAAAAACUCAUAAUUCCAGAAGAAGAAAGACAAAGGUAAAGUUCUAAUUUUUCCUUUUAUUUGUUCUUGCAUGAUGAUGGUUGAUGAUAAUAUUUUUUUAUUUUAUUUUGAUUACUAGGGAAGAUGGCAAAUACUACAAAGAAGAAAACAAAGAAAACAGUUCCAGGCUUAGUGGAUUCGGUGUUUUCCUGGUCUUUCAAGGAUGUGUUGAACAAAGAUCUUUGCAAAGACAAGGUUAAAGAAAUUCCAAAGACAUUUGUGUCGAUUGAUCAUUACUUGAAGUCAUUCAUUGCUCCACUUGUUGAAGAAACACAUGCUGAUUUGCUCUCAAGUUUGUCCACAGUUUCACGAGCCCCUGCCCUCGAGGUUCUUGAUGUCAAAAUCUCAAAAGAUUUUAAGCCUCCGAAAGGUUUAUAUUACAAUAUUUUUUUGGAAAGUGCUAAAGAAGGAGAGGGAGAGAACAGUAUAGCGAAAAAUGAAUCGAAAUAUGAACCGGAAGUUGGUGAUCUGAUCGCGCUAGCAGAUGUGAGACCGAGAAGAAUUGAGGAUUUGAACACACCUAAGGGAUCUUAUCUCAUUGCUAUAGUUCAAGGCAUGAAAGAUGAAGUUUCAGACAGGAUACCUAUCCUGUCUCAGACAGGAUACCUAUCCUGUCUUCGCAGCUUAUUCCGCUUAGGAAACCGGACAGGGCAAAGGAUGAACAAGGGGACAAGCUUUUUAUUGUGUAUCUUUCUAAUUUGACAACGAAUAUUCGAAUUUGGAAAGCUUUGAAUUCGGAUCUGGAAAAUGCAAACCUGAAGAUCAUUAAGACCGUGUUGAAAAGUGAUUUGAAUAUUGGUGAAGUAGACUGCUCCCUUUGCUCUGUUCGAGAAACCAAAACUAAUGCUGCUAUAUCAAGUUCAAGGGCCAUCGCUCAGUCCUUUGGUCUAGAUAAUGCUCAACAAGAGGCUGUUGUAAGUUGUGUUGUUACAAGAGAAUGUGCUCACCGGAAUAUGGUGAAGCUAAUUUGGGGUCCUCCGGGAACCGGGAAGACCAAAACAGUUGCCUCUUUACUUUAUGUCCUGUUAAAGAUGAAAUGCAGAACUUUGACUUGUGCUCCUACGAACAUUGCUGUGUUGGAAAUUGCUAAGAGGUUGAUGCAGAAUGUACAACAUUAUCUGCAAUAUGACACGUAUGGUUUAGGAGACAUUGUCUUGUUUGGAAAUGGGGAAAGAAUGAAGAUCGAUGAUCAUGAAGAUCUGUUCGAUGUAUUUCUUAACAACCGUGUUGAUGCUCUUGUUAGCUGCUUGUCUCCGAAUAAUGGCUGGAGAAUUGGUAUACAAUCCAUGAUAUGUUUGCUCGAGGAUCCUGAAGAGCAAUACCGAAAGUACAUAGAAAAACCAAAAGAUAAUGAGGAUGUAGAUGAUGAGGAAGAGGAAGAAAAAGGAAGUGUUGCUAGUCAAGAAUCUAGUUUGAGCGAAAAAGAUGGAAAGAUGAAUGAUCAAGGACACGACAAAAAUAAGAAGAGUGAGUUGUUGAAGAAAUUUGUCCUUGAUACGUUAAAAGAGAACAAGAAGAAAGACAAACAAAAUUCUCAAAGGAAGAACAACUCGAGAGCAGUUGACAAAGCGAACAAGGUCAAGAAAGAAGGCGAGGCGAGCAAAAAAGAAGCCAUUGUGUGGACAUUUGAGGAGUUUGUCAACAAAAGAUUCAAAUGGAUCCAGAACCAGUUAAUAGUUUGCCUAACGAGCUUGUACACACAUCUACCUACUUCUUUCAUUUCACUGGAAGUAGCAAAGGAAAUGAUCAGACUACUUGAGAUGCUUCAAACUCUUGCAAAAUUGUAUGCUACUGUGGAACCAUCUGAAGGAUUAAGAGAAAUUCUACCGGGAUUAUUUACAAGGAAUAAGACAAGACUUUUUAAUAUUCGUGCGACGAAAACAAAAUGCAUAAAAGUAUUGAAAUUUCUUAACGAAAGUAUCUCUCUUCCCAAUUUCAUCGAGGACUACCAAAUCCGAAGUUUUUGUCUGAAAGGUGCGUGUUUGAUUUUCUGCACGGCUUCUAGCUCAACGAAGUUGCACACAGAAGGAAUGACGCCAAUGGAGAUGGUGGUAAUUGAUGAAGCCGCUCAGCUGAAAGAAUGUGAAUCCACUAUUCCGUUACAACUCCCCGGUCUCCGCCAUGCUAUACUCAUCGGAGAUGAGAAACAAUUGCCUGCAAUGGUUCAGAGCAAGAUCUGUGAGAAGGCAGAGUUCGGCAGGAGCUUAUUUGAAAGGCUAGUAAUUUUAGGACACAAGAAGCACCUUCUCAAUGUUCAAUAUAGGAUGCAUCCGAAAAUAAAUAUGUUCCCGAAUAGAGAGUUCUAUCAGAAGAAAAUUAUGGAUGGUCCUAAUGUGAAAGGAGCAGAAUAUGAGAAGAGAUUUCGUAAAGGAAGUAUGUUUGGCUCCUAUUCAUUCAUUAACGUAAGUACUGGAAGUGAGGAGGUUGAUGACAAACACAGCACGAGAAAUAAGGCAGAAGCUUUCGUUGUAGCUGAGAUACUUGCCAACCUUCACAAAGAAUUUGUCUCUUCAAAACAAAAAGUUCGUGUUGGUUGUAUAUCUCCUUACAAGGCUCAAGUUUAUGCUAUUCAACAAAUUCUUGGCAAGACAUAUAGCACAGAUGUUAAGAGUGACUUCUCAGUGAACGUACGCUCCGUUGAUGGUUUUCAAGGUGGUGAAGAGGAUGUGAUAAUUAUCUCUACUGUUCGUUGUAAUCUUGGUGGAUCAGUUGGUUUCCUCUCUAAUCUUCAGAGAGCUAACGUGGCACUGACACGAGCAAGAUACUGCCUUUGGAUAUUGGGAAAUGGCACAACUUUGGUUAACAGUGGUUCCAUAUGGAAGAAUUUAGUCAUUGAUGCCAAGGCUCGUGGUUGUUACUUUGAUGUUACUGAAGACAAGCGAUUGAAUCAAGCAAAUUUGAAUGCGACCACUGAAUUUGGCCAGCUAGAAAUGUUACUCAGAACGGACUCCUCUAUAUUCCAAACAGCCAAGUGGAAGGUUAUAUUUAGCGAGGAUUUCUCAAAGUCCAUCGCUUUAAUUAGGGAUGUGGAGAUCGGUAAGGAAGUGGUUUCCCUUUUGGUGAAACUUUCAAGUGGUUGGCGUAAGUCGGAAAAGAACAGCACAUUCAGCAACAAGGGCGGGAAUUCUUCUGUACUGUUGGAGGUGUAUUGGGUCAAGCACCUAAAACUGAUUUGGACUAUAGAUAUUCAGCAGCAGAACUCGACGUACGUUCAAGUAUUAAAGAUAUGGGAUAUUUUACCAGGAUAUCAUAUACCAAAGUUGGCAAAGGCCCUUGACAUCCAUUUUAGUAAAUAUACAGUGGAUAUGAUGAAUCGUUGCAAAUACAAACGUGUGGAAAGGAACUUUGUAUUUCCAAUGACUUGGCCAAUUGAUGGAAAUGUUGUCUCAAGAACCAGCUCGGCUCAUGAUGACCGAGAAGACAACUUGGCACGUCAAUUGGGAGGGAUGAGUUUUUGAGGGAUAAACCAGGAUCUUCAAGAAGUUUCAAUAAUUUUCAGAAGUCCAACAUGAAGAAAGGACAAUUGUUUCGCGAAGUGAAAACCAAAUCAACUUGCUGAUGAUUCUAUGGAACGAUAUAUGCGCAACAAGUCCCAAUAGGAGGCCUUAUUGCCUAACAAAGUUUAUUGCUUGGAGCUAGGAUUCUUGGUACUAUUCACUGCCUUCAUCAAGUUAAUCCUGCAACUCUGGUGGUCCGAGAGAAAUGUAAUUAAUAGUUACAAUAUUGUUGAAAUAUAGCAACGGUUAAUGUGCAUGGUUUGUAAAUGGAACUUCUAUCCUUUAAAAUAUGUAGCUAAGACCUUAUAUAUGUAAAAUAAAAUACAACGUCUUGAAGGUCUUAAUAUUUGAUUGUGGCAUCAUCCUGAUCUUCAUGUUGUCCUGAUAUUCUGUAUACCAAAAUGUAAAGAUUCAUACAUAAGAAACAUGCUUCCUAGAAUUUUAAUGUGCAUAUUAUGUCAAUGGAUUUAAGUCUAUAUAGAUAAUGAUAUGACUUUUUUACA